UAAACUAUUCUCGGUAAUUCACAAAAUUUUCUGCAGAUGGUUUCACUGUUGGAACCCAGAGUGCCACCGCUUCCGGCUAACGCUUCGCCACCUCCCCGGCCCAUUGAAUCCAAGACUACCCGCCUUCCUUUCCAGAGACCAGAACUUACCCAACGUGUAAACCGGUUUCAACAACCCAUUUCUCAUUCUCCACUCACAAGAACUCACGCCCAUUUAUCUCCUCUGGACGACCCCUUAAAUUCCAGCGCCUACGCUUCAGUGCUCGCUUCGUGUGACUCUCCUGAACUAGGUAAGCAAGUCCACGCCCAGGCCCUCAAGAAUGGAUUCCACGGCCACGAGUUCGUCGAGACCAAGCUCCUCCAAAUGUAUGGGAAGUGCGAGUGUCUUUAUGAUGCGGUCAUGUUGUUCGACAAAAUGCCUAGAAGAAACUUGUACUCAUGGACUGCGAUUCUCAACGUCUACAUAAAUAAUGGGUUCUUCCAGGAUGCUUUUUAUUGCUUUCAACAGUUGCGGUUCGAAGAUUUGGAUUUGGAGUUCUUCGUGUUUCCAUUGGCGCUGAAGAUUUGUAGUGGCUAUGGCGGAAUGGAACUGGGAAGGCAGUUGCAUGCGUUAGUGAUAAAGAUAGGAUUUUUAUCGAACAUUUACGUGGGAAAUGCUGUAAUAGAUAUGUAUGGUAAAUGUGGGAGCUUGAAUGACGCAAAAAAAGCUUUGUGGAGCGUAGCAAAGAGGGAUUGUGUUUCUUGGAACUCUGUUCUUUCGGCUUGUGCUACUAAUGGAGCUUUGGAUGACGCCCUGGAUGCUUUUGAUCAAAUGUCAGCAGUGGACAAUUUGGCUCCCAAUUUUGUUUCCUGGAGCGCUUUGGUUGGUGGGUUUUCACAGAAUGGUUAUGAUGAAGCUGCCAUUGAGAUGCUUUAUAAAAUGCAAGCUGCUGGGUUCGAACCGAAUGCUCAGACACUGGCAAGUGUCCUUCCUGCUUGUGGAAGACUGCAGAUGCUAUAUCUAGGGAAGGAAAUUCAUGGUUAUCUAACAAGAAACGGAUUUAUGUGCAACUCUUUUGUUGUCAAUGGCUUAAUUGAUGUCUACAGAAGGUGUGGGGAUAUGGAAUACGCUUUCCGUGUGUUUUCAAUAUAUUCAGUGAGAAAUGAGGUUUCCUUCAAUACAAUGAUAGUGGGGUACUUUGAGAAUGGGGAUGUUUCAAGGGCUGAAGAGCUCUUUCAACAAAUGGAACUUGAAGAAAAGCGGAAUGACAUAAUUUCGUGGAACUCAAUGAUUUCGGGUUAUGUAAAUAAUUCAAUGGCCAAUGAAGCUUUAAGUAUGUUCCGCAACAUAAUCUUGAAAGAACAAAUCAAAGCUGAUUCUUUUACCUUGGGUAGCGCCCUUGCUGCUUGUGCAGAUAUCGGUUCUUUAAGAUGUGGGAUGGAGAUACAUUCGUAUGCAGUUGUUACGGGUUUUCAAUCAGAUCCUUUCGUUGGUGGAGCAUUGGUAGAAAUGUAUUGUAAGUGCCUAGACAUAAACGCUGCCCAGAAAGCCUUUAAUGAGGUGGCUGAGAGGGAUAUAGUAUCAUGGAAUGCUUUAAUCUCUGGCUAUGCUCAUUCUGGCCAACUUGAAAAUGUUCGGUACAAUCUUCAGAAGAUGAAAGAAGAUGGAUUCUAUCCCAACAUAUGUACAUGGAAUGUUAUCAUUGCUGGCCAUGUAGAAAGAGACCAGAACGAGUCAGCCCUGGAGUUGUUUAAAGAAUUGCAAUUAUCAAAUUUGACGCCUGAUAUUUACACCAUUGGAAUUGUUUUACCAGCCUGCUCAAGGUUAGCGACUCUUGACCGAGGGAAACAGAUUCAUGCAUAUGCAGUUAGAUAUGGUUACCAAUCCGAUCCAUAUGUUGGUGCCGCCCUCGUGGACAUGUAUGCAAAAUGCGGGAGCAUAAAACAUGCGGUACUAGCUCAUAAUAUGAUCCAGAACUAUAACUUGGUCACUCAAAAUGCAUUGCUUACUGCAUAUGCUAUGCACGGAUGUGGGGAGGAGGGAAUUACUUUCUUCCGUAGAAUCCUAGAAAAUGGUUUCAAACCAGACAGCAUAACCUUCCUAUCAGUUCUUUUAUCAUGUGUCCAUGCAGGGUCAGUUGAGGCUGGAAAACAAUUCUUUGAUUUAAUGGCAUCUUAUAAUGUGACACCCACACUAAAACACUACACAUGUAUGGUCGACCUUCUUAGCAGAACAGGGCGACUGAAUGAAGCCUACGAUAUUAUUUGCAAAACACCUAUGGCUCCUGAUCCCGUGAUUUGGAAUGCCUUUCUGAGAGGCUGUGUGAUCCAUGGAAACAUCGAGUUGGGAGAAACUGCCGCGGAAAAACUCCUAGAGCUAGAACCGUUUAACUCGGGAAACUAUGUAUUGUUGGCAAAUUUGUAUGCAUCUGUGGGGAGAUGGGAUGAUUUUGCAAUUACAAGAAAGGUCAUCAAUGAAAGGAAAAUGCACAAAAGCCCAGGAUGCAGUUGGAUUGAGGAUAAAGGUGAGAAGCAUGUAUUUGUAGCCUGUGACAGAUCCCAUGAGAAAACAGCAGAGAUUUAUGACAUCCUAGAUAAAUUGACAACUCAAAUGAGACUGGAACAAGAGUAACCUUGUAUUGUUAUAUAUAUAUAUAUAUAUAUAUAUACAGGAUAAAUAAUUUACAAUGGUUUGAAUUCUGUUUUCCUUUCUGAUUUGUGAGAAAGACAAGAAUUAACCAAUCAUGAUCAGAGGAAGUUCCAUUCU